AUGGCAACAUGCUCUUCAGCUGGCUGUGACAAGCCAAUCACUUCCAAUCUCGCGUGUCCAAAGUGCACCCAGCUAGGAUUGCCACCAGCCUACUUUUGUUCCCAAGCAUGUUUCAAAGCCAACUGGGGAAGCCACAAACAAGUUCACGCUUUAGCAAAGCAAAUAAUUGAAGCGCAGCAAAGCGCUCCUUCGCAUGGCAAAACUCCUCCCCGCGAUGGUAGCACCGCCCCUUUCGAUGCCCCAGCCGAUGUCAAAAUGAGUCUGCCCGAAUGGGCCCAGAAUUACGAAUUUUCUGGCCCCCUUCGUCCUGCUCUCUUGUCGCCCAAACGAACGGUUCCACCCAACAUUCGCAAACCGGACUAUGCCGAUCAUCCCUUGGGAAUUUCGGACAGUGAACAACGAGACAAACGAAACCACAAUUCCAUUCGUAUCUAUACUCCCAAUGAAUUGGAUAUAGAGCAUGGAUUACGACAUGCCUGCCGAAUGGGCCGAGAAGUCUUGGACGCUGCGGGCAAGGCUCUGCGUCCCGGAGUGACUACCGAUGAGAUUGACCGAGUCGUCCACGAGGCGGCCCUGGAACGAGAGUGUUAUCCAUCUCCACUGAACUACUACAACUUCCCCAAAUCGGUGUGUACCUCCAUCAACGAAGUCAUUUGUCAUGGAAUUCCGGACUACCGAGAAAUCCAAGAUGGGGAUAUUGUCAAUAUUGAUGUGACCACGUACAAUCUAGGAGGAUAUCACGGUGAUUUGAAUGAAACCUUUUGUGUGGGCAAGGUCGAUGCAGAAGGAAAGAAGGUUGUUCGUACCGCCUUUGAAUGUUUGGCGGCGGCCUUGGCAUUGGUCAAACCUGGCACCUUGUAUCGAGACUUGGGAACAGCCAUUCACAAGGUGGCCCAAAAGAAUCAGUGCAGUAUUGUACGAACUUAUUGUGGACACGGGAUUGGCAGUCUGUUUCAUACGAUUCCAAAUGUCCCACAUUACCACAAGAAUAAGGCCAAGGGAACCAUGAAGGUGGGCCACGUCUUUACAGUGGAACCCAUGAUUAACUUGGGAAAGAGUGGUGAUCUUACUUGGGGAGACAAUUGGACUGCUGUGACCACGGAUGGAAAGCGUAGCGCCCAGUUUGAACACACUGUAUUGGUGACGGAAACUGGAUGCGAAAUCUUGACGGCGCGAGACAACGAACCAGUCAUGACAUGGAAUGAAGACUUGAUAAGUCGUUAA